CACAUAUAGACUGACCUGUCAGGGUUGCAGCAAUGACACUCACUCUGUGAUGCUUCCACGUGUCAAAGACAGAGGAAAGAUGGACGACAUAGACGCCAUGUUCACUCACCUGCUCGGAGAGAUGGAUCAUCUCUCUCAGAGUCUGAAGGCUGAAGGUGACUCACCAGAAGCAGAUUCUGCCGCCCAGACAGAAAAAGCCUUUUCCAUUGGCUUCAACGACCUGAAUGAGUCUCUUAAUGAACUGGAAGACAAUGAUCUGGAUGCUCUAAUGGCCGACCUGGAAUCAAAGUCAGCCGCGCAGGAACCCGUUACUUCUGAACCAAACAUCGGCGGUACAAACGAUCAAACUGCACCACCCGCAACGACUCAGAAACAUGAGCCAGCCACUGCCCUUCCUCCCCCGCCAGGCACAGAUGUAUCCUGCAGGGACAUGCAAACGAGAGAACCCCAAACAAAAGCAGAGAAAAUAAAACUAGCUCUAGAGAAGCUGAAAGAAGCAAAAAUGAGGAAGUUGAUUGUGAAGGUGCUCAUGAGUGACGGCAGCUCCAAGACGCUGAUGGUGGACGAGAGGCAAUCGGUGCGAGAGGUCUUGGACAAACUGUUUGAGAAGACGCACUGUGACUGCAGCACUGUCUGGAGUCUGUGUGAGACCAACCCCGAAUUGCUGAUUGAAAGAACCUUUGAGGAUCAUGAACAUUUGGUGGAACCACUGUCUGCUUGGACUCGGUACAGUGAAAACAAAAUCUACUUUUUGCCAAGACCACAAAAGUAUGUGAUGUUCACAGACCCUCAGAUAUUUUACAUGUGGAAAAAGGAUAAGGCAGCAUUGAGUGCGAUUAACCAGCAGGCUAAAGAUCUCCUUGUCAAGGAGAAUUUCGGGGGUUCGACUUUGAUCGUUCCCGACUUAGAGGGCACACUUUACCUCAAAGAAGAUGGGAAGAAGGUUUGGAAACCACGCUACUUUGUGCUCAGGGCUUCGGGCAUCUACUUUGUGCCCAAAGGAAAAACAAAGUCGUCCACUGAUCUCGCCUGCUUUGUCCAUUUUGAAAAGAUCAACAUCUAUAUGACCAAGAACUACAAACAGAAGUACAGAGCUCCCACCAACUUCUGCUUCAUGCUAAAGCACCCAUGCAUCCAGAAAGACUCUCCCUACAUCAAAUUACUUUGCUGUGAUGAUGAAAAAACACUGGUGCUUUGGGUCAACUCCAUCAGAAUAGCCAAGUAUGGAACUGCCCUGUAUAAAAACUACCAGGCAGCGAUGAAGAGAGCUUCUCCUACGAAAACCCUUCAGUCUGCUGCACAUAAAGGUAAGUUUCAGUGUCUGUACUAA